CGGAGCCGGAGUCCCGAGGGUGGAGAUUGUGCAGGCAGGAGUUAGAACCAUCCGGUUUAACUCCAGAGCGGCCCGUUUCUGGAUCUACACUGGGGAUCUCGUUCAGAAGUUGGCAUAAUUUCCCAAAUGGCUGCAAAUCCUUCCAAGAACCAGCGGAAGUCUGGCGGCACCCCGAAGCAACGUGAGCCUCAGCAGGGAGCACUGCCUCCCGUCCGUGAAGCAGCUGGCCCCAAAAUCUCCGGAUCCAGGACCCAGGCUGCAGGGGCCCCAUCUACACGGCGUGGAACCACCAAGCCACUGAGUGCAGGAAGUCCCCCGCACCCCCACACCGGCCCCAGUUCCCCCGGAGGACAGAAACCCACCUGUUCUAGCAGCAGGGAAACAAGGAGACAGAGCCGGAGUGCUCCGUCAGCCAGCGAGAGAGCCAGCACCAAUCCUCGGGCAGUGGGCAAACCCUCCGAGCCUGCCGGGCGGCUUGGCCGGAGGACUGACCCCAGCCCACAGAAGAUCAACAGGCAGAGGGCGGCAGAAAUCGAGCGGGACACCCGCGGGCAAAGGGAGAACCCUGAGUGGUUCAAGUGGCGCAGCAACCGCAUCACGGCCUCAGUUGCCCACAAAAUCUCCCACUGCAGGUUUGUGAAUGGCAAGAGUAGUGAGGUCCCGCAAUCCUACCUGAAGCCGAUCCUGGGACAGGGAUCCAGUGUGAUGACCCCAGCCAUGAAAUGGGGCAUCAACCAUGAGCUAGAUGCCGUCAAGAGGUACGAGGGGCUCAAGUCGAAGGACCUGCAGAAGGAGGUGGAGGUGCGUCCCUGCGGCCUGUUCAUUGAUCCAGCCAAGAACUGGCUGGCAGCCAGUCCCGACGGGCUAGUGGUCGACAAGAAGACCGGGGAUGUUGUGGGCCUGCUGGAAGUGAAGUGCCCCUAUAAACACCGGAAGCACAGCAUCAACAAGGCUUGUGAAGACAAGGAUUUCUGCCUGGAGAGCAAGGACAAGCUGAAGAAGAACCACCCAUACUUCACCCAGGUCCAGUGCCAGAUGGCCGUCACAGGCAUCAGCAAGACUGACUUUGUGGUCUACACUGAGCAGGACAUCGCUGUUGUCCCCGUGGAGUUCAAUGGAAAGUUCUGGAAGGAAACUGUGGAGAAGCUGGAAGAUUUUUACACCAGAGCUGUCUUGCCAGAAAUCCAGCAGGAAAACCCAGUCUUGGCAAGGGAAGAGUAAUUCUGGGGAAAACUACCAGGGUCACACCAUACAUCAUCCUGAUGAUCAGACCUUUGGGACGGUUCUUUUAAAAAAAAGUUCUGGAGCUAAAAUGGCACAAACUUCUUGAACCAGGAAUGGAACUGUUUCUCUCUCUGCAGAUGCUGCCUGACCUAUACUCAAAGUGCUGGAGGAAUUCAGUAGGUCAUGAACAUUGGUUUCUCUAACUUGAUCAUUUCUCCUGACUCUUGUCUUUUUCUGUUCCCCAUUCUGGCCCUCCUCUUAGUCCUUCUCUUCUCUCCUGCCCAUCACCUCCUUUCAGUCCCCUUUUUCCCUUCCUUCCAGGGUCUCUCCUCUCUUCUCAGAUUCCUUCUUUUCCAGCCCUUACCUUCCAGCUUCUCAUUUAAUUCCCUGACCCACCCAUUUUCCCCCUCACCUGGUCUCUGCCAACUUGUGCCUCAUCCCUUCCUCCCCACCUUUUUCUUCUGCCUUCUUCCCUCUUCCUUUCCAGUCCUGGUGAAAGAUCACAGCCUGAAACACUGACUUUUUUUUCCUCUCCAUGGAUGCCAUCUGACCUGCAGGGUUUCUCCAGCAUUUUGUGUGUGUUGCUCUGAAUUUCUAGCAUCUACAGAAUUUCUUGUGUUUAUGAUUUACUGUUUGGCCUGCUGAGUAAUUCCAGCUUUCUUGGGAUUCAUGUAAAUAUAUGCCGUUCUAAAUUUAAAAAAUUGCUCAGUAAUAUUGAAGAGUUAUACUUUCCUGAGCUACAUUGAUAGUUUCUGCUGCAGAACCCACUAUAUGGCAUAGAGGUUACAACAGUAACAGGCUUGUGUCAGACACAGAGGCCAGAAGGGAUGGUAAGUAGUGAAUCACUGCUGAGUUAAGGCUGUCGUAACAGAAAACCUCACAAACAGAAUUACCCUGUGGUCAGAAUCACCAGAGAGACACUGAAGCUGAUAAUAUACAAGUCUUUAUUCAGCACAACGAGCAGGCAUCAUUCUGGAGACACUCCCAGUAGAGGCUCACUAACCCAAAGGUUAAUUUUUAUACAUUUAAGAUCAACAGUAACAGUGGGUGAUUCAAUACAAUCUCGGUAAUUACAAUUACAUUGUUUACUUCAA